AUGGCGGUUCAGUUGAAAUUCUGCUUGGUUGGAGCUGCAGGGGCCAUCGUUCACCGGAAUCCACGCUCAUCGAAAUGGGACUAUCAGCGGCUACUACAGGAGCUGGAGAGCGCGUACGGCCCUUCCUCCGAUCAUGCAGCAGCGGUUGCAGUGGAACUGAGGCAGAGAAUACGCCAGGCUGGUGAGGCGUUGCAUGUUUUCCGGGACGAUAUUUAUGGAAAAGUGGCUGUGGCCUAUGGUGACAGAUCCGAGAGGGAGCAGGAUGCUAUUGCUGUUGAAGUUUUCACAAAUGGUUUGGGCGAUGCCGAUAUUAUUCAAAAACUGCUGGAAACUCGCCCGUCCACACUGGCGAGAGCUUAUGAAAUAGCUCAUCGCCAUGAAACAACGAAGAGAGCUGCAUCAUACGUCACAAGCAUCAUGCAGCCUGGGCCCCGCACUGCUGUCGUACGGGAGACUGAGGCUGCUCCUGCUACACCACCGCCAGACCCCGCGCCAAACUGA